AUGCUAACUAGGCGAUAUGGAUUACAAGAGCUUGAAAAUGUCUAUCUUGAGGAAUCUGUUGCCAUGUUUCUCGAGGAGGUUGAUAAGAAUAGGACUGUUCGAGAUAUAGUUGCAAGAUAUCAACAGUCAUUGAAUGUGGUGAAAAGAAAGAUUGAUGAUGUUUUGAGCGCUCUUUUAAAGUUUGCAGCGGAUACAUUAAAGUCACAAGAAUCACAUGAUACAAAGGUUUUGAAGUAUUGUGCGAGGAAUGAAUCUUUUUCCCCUCAUCCAUCUAAUCGAAAGUACUAUCUUGUUAACUCUGUAUAUCCCACGACAACUGGAUAUCUUGGUCCACAUCGUAGGAUAUUAUAUCAUCUUGGUCAAUUUGGUAGAGGAGGACCACCAGUAACUGUACAAGAGUUGUUCAACCGAAAACAUUUAGAUUUGCGAUCUGUGAUUGAUAGGACAUUUGGAGUAUGGAAAGCAAAAUGGAGGAUUUUGGAUCACACCUGCAAAAAUGUUAACAUCGCCAUCAACGUCACGAAAACGAACAUAAAUCAUGCAUCAGCGACAACGGUAACGGCUGCGACAACAACACCAAAACAAACAAAAAUCUGCAGUAGAGUUUGUAGCCGCUGCUACCACUACAGCAUGCGUCAAAAGCUACGACACUCACUACACACUCGAAUUUUAAAAUCAAACAGCGAAAACGCGAUUCUCUUCUCCGAGGAAGAAGAAGAAAUGGCGGAGAAACAGAGAUGGAUUGCGAUGUAUACGAAACACCUCAAGCAGAAGCGAAAGGUCUAUCACGAUGGCUUCCUUGAUUUACAUAUCGCCAGAAAAAAGGUGAUGCUUUAUGAUGAGGACGAUAAUCUACUUGAAAGCAGGACGCUUAAGGCAUGUGAAGUUGUGAACACAGGUGAAACACUCACAUUUCAAGCAUAUCUUGUGGAUAUAUGCGAUCCUAAGGACGGAAGUAAAGCUUCUUCUGAGCCAAAGGUUGAACCAAGUGAUCAAAAAUGUGCACGCAAACCAUUUACAGUUCUCAGGCCAAAUUUCAAGAAAAGUUCUCUUCGUUGUGAUGAGAAAAAACCUGACCUUGUGAAUAAAUUUUCUUCGAAAAGUCUCAGCCCAUCUCACAAUAUGAUUAGAGUAUUCAAAAAGAGAGAACUGCAUAAGUAUGGGGCACUGACUCCAGACUCAACAACAAAAGGUACUGUAUCUCUUGGCUCAGUUGAUAAAGAAAGCAAUAACCACCCUUUGAUCAACUCUCCAUGUACUGGAAGGUCUGUUGUAGAUUCAAGGUUAGAGAAUUGUAAGUUAAGCAAGGAUGUUCCUCCACCCAAGCCUUUACGUGAUGUAAAUCAGAUACUCUCCAUUCUUCAGAAACGGAAUGCUACAGAGACAUGUUCUGAUAAUAACAUGCAAACAUCUGUGCUUUUGACAAAAGUACCUCCAGAAUCUGAAACCAGCAAAAGACACAAAAUGGAGUCUAUUUCAACGAAAGAAGCAUCUACGGAACAAGUAAUGGUGCAAGAAACCUCAUCGGCCAGCACAAGAGGUUGCUUAAUGAGUGAUCCUCCGAGUUUCGACCUCGGAAUUUAAACAGCCCCCUCAAGAUUACAGAAAAUAGGUAACUCGUUUUUUCAUUUUACCUCAAGUUCUUCACGAACUAUAGUUUUUUCGAAAAUAUAGUUUCUCAUUCUAAGCUGUGUUAAAAUCAAAACUAGUAUGUACCGUGGAAAAAGUAUGUAGUUUUAUGCAUAAGCAGAAAUUAGUAAGUAAAUUGAAUGGUUUAUGCUCCAAUUUGCGUGCAAGUUAACUUCAAAAUGAGAAAGUUUCCACGAAAUUCUCUUAAUGUAACGAUGACAAAUUUCUAAGACAUCUACAUUUUUAUUAUGAAGCUAAAUAUAGAUAAAGCUAGAAAUAAGAUGUAGCGAAGGAGCGAGUCUUUAGCAUGUCCUACGAGUGCGGGUUAACCAUAAUAACCACAAAUCUCUUCUACAAAUAUUCCAAAUUUUCAACAAACACAAAAGCAGUUGAAGAAGUUAACUUUUGAGAGAGAUAGAUAAGUUUACUUUAAUAGAAAGAUACAUACAUAUACAUAGGCAAAGAAGGGAAAUGGCAGGACCGGCACAAGCAGCAAAGCAGUCAAGUGAAGUGCUAGGCCAGCGGAAGUCGUUAGGGAUAUGUCCGUUGAGAGCGGCAGCGGUUGGAGCGGUGAUAAUCGGUGGAAUUGGCUAUGUGGUGUUGUACAGCAAGAAGAAGCCUGAAGCUUCAGCAGGUGAUGUCGCUAAAGUUAUGUCAGGCGUCGGUGGUACUCCUGAGAACACUCGUCCUCGUAAUUGAGCGUCUCUCUUUAAUUUGUUUACUUUCAAAUCAUGGGAUUGUUAUCUUUGUGGUUGAUAUAUAUAGUUGAAUUCUCUAAACAUUUUAAACAUUUGAAUCUUUAGGUGAAUUAAGUUUACUCUAGACUUCGAAGAAAACCUUCAAAUUCAGUUAUUUGAUGUUACAAAUCUUGACGGGCUUUUCAUACGAAAAGAUAUAAUUUGAUGUUAGUCAUAAUAGGAG